AUGUGGCUGACUUUACUUGUCGUUGUAUCAAUCAUUGGAUUACUGCUUUACUUAGACACUGUGAAACCAAAAAACUAUCCCCCUGGUCCAAAAUGGUUACCGAUCGUCGGAAGUGCUCUAGAAAUUAACAAAAUUCGAAAAAAGACCAAGUACCUUUAUAAAAGUUAUAAAGAAUUGUCCAAACUUUACAGUAAAGAUGGACAUCUUCUUGGUCUUAAAGUUGGAAAAGAUCGCAUAGUUAUGGUGAAUACUGUUGAAGCUAAUAAAGAAAUGCUUUAUAAUGAAGAUAUUGAUGGACGACCGAAAGGAAUCUUCUAUCAAACAAGAACGUGGGGUGAAAGAAAAGGUGUCCUUUUGACAGAUGGUGAACUCUGGAAAGAACAGAGAAGGUUUUUAAUUAAGCAUCUAAAGGAAUUUGGGUUUGGAAGAAAAGGUAUGAGUGAGAUAUCAUCAUCCGAAGCUAAACACAUGGUAGAUGAUGUUCUGGAAAUGUUAAAUAACAAUAAAAGUGCUGUUGUUCCAAUGCACAAUUUUUUUGCGACUUACAUUUUGAACACCUUAUGGACAAUGAUGGCUGGUAUUCGAUAUAAACCAAGUGACCCUCGGAUGGUCCUGUUGCAAACCAUUUUAUACGAACUGUUCUCAGCAAUCGAUAUGGUAGGGUGUCUCUUCAGUCAUUUCCCUUUCUUAUCUAUUUUGGCACCGAAAUCAUCUGGAUACACUGAAUUCGUCAGAAUUCAUCAAAGAAUAUGGCAAUUUCUACGCGAUGAAAUCGCUGUACAUAAAAGUAGAUUUGAUCCCAAUACAGAAGACAAAGAUUUUAUGGACGUUUAUGUGAGGGUUCUAAAAGAGCACGGGGAAGUAAACACAUAUUCUGAAGGUCAAUUAGUUGCAACCUGUUUAGAUAUGUUUAUGGCUGGGACGGAAACAACAAACAAAAGUAUGAGUUUUUGCUUUAAUUACCUUGUUAGAGAGCAAGGAGUUCAAAAGAAGGCACAAGAAGAAAUAGAUAGGGUGGUCGGGAAAGAUCGAAUGCCCUGUCUUGAUGACCGUCCUUACAUGCCCUACAAUGAAGCUGUCGUUCACGAAUGCAUCCGUCACUUCAUGGGCAGGACCUUUGGAGUUCCCCAUCGAGCUUUACGUGACACGACCUUAGCGGGAUAUAAUAUACCAAAAGACACAAUGGUCGUCAGCAAUUUUCCAAAUAUACUAAUGGACGAAGAACUAUUUCCCGAACCCUACAGUUUUAACCCAGAACGGUUCAUUGUUAAUGGCAAGCUUUGUCUGCCCGACUAUUAUUUCCCCUUUGGAUUAUCUAAGCAUCGAUGUAUGGGAGAUGUUUUAGCGAAAUGCAAUAUAUUUAUGCUUACAACGACUCUUUUGCAAAAGUUUUCGCUGUUGCCCGCACCGGGGGAGCCAUUGCCGUCUUUAGAACACGUGGAUGGAGCCACUGCAUCCGCAGCCCCUUUCAAUGCUUUAGUUGUAUGCAGAACAAUCAAGUGACUUUGGUUAAAUUUUAUGAAUUAAAAAGUUAAUCAAAUAUGUUUUAUAUAGAUUUUAAUCGUAGAUUACGUUUCAAUAGUUAUUCGAAAACAAUAAUAUAAUUAUAAAAAUAAUAUAUUUA